AUGGACAUAAUUAAAGAAAAAUUUUGCUUUAAACAAGUUUUAAUUGUUCUUGACGAUGUAGAUGAUUUGGACCAACUUUAUUCCCUGGUGGAAAAUCGUAAUUGGUUUGGAUUGGGAAGUAAAAUCAUCAUAACCACUAGGAAUGUGCAACUGCUAAAUGUUCUUGGAGUGGAUCAGAUACUUUAUGCUCAAGGGCUUCCUCUACCACAAAAUAUAGAGGAGCAAGUCAGGCAUUAUCUGAAGCAAGCUCAAGGUCUGGAUUGUGGUCUAAAGAUAUCACGUUUUGGAUUCAUGCUUUAUCUUCUUGAUGAUGGUCUUCUUCAGAGUAGGGGUGAAAAGAUGGUUACGGAAACGAUAAGUGAGAAUGAUUUUGUGGACGAGGAAGGGGAAAUGAUUAUGGCUGCUCUCCAGGAUUUCGUGAAGGGAGGGAUAGAGAUGAGACAGCAGAAAUGGAGUCAAGGAUCAGGCACCAGUACUACAUUGAGUGUCCCAGAAAUGUUGGAGUAUGGGAAAGGACACCGCCCACAAAGUGGGGAGUAG